UAAGAGUGGAAUUGCUGGAUCUUGUAGUAGACUGAUUCCCAUUUUCCUGAGGAAUUGCCAUACUGAUUUCCAAAGUUAGAGCCAGAUUUUUAAUAUUAUCUUAAAGGCUGAUUCCUCCCAGCUAGGGACCAGGAAUGGAAAUAGCUUAUGUACAAGUGUUAAAACAAACAAACAAAAAACAAAACCAGAAUGUGUGUUUACCACUUCUUAGUUGUGGGACUAAUUAUGGUUAUUACAGUAAGUGUGUGUGGGCAUUUAUAGGAACUUCAGGGAUGCUUGUCACUGAGACCAUUCCUUCUAUAAAAUUAUCACCCAGUGUUAAGCCUUCCCAUUGACAAGACGUUUUCAGGCAUGCACAGCACUUUGCACAUGAAGCCAGAAAUGACACUGUUUGAAUAUAUGGCACAUUUAGAAUAAUUUCCUGAUUCAUCUACACUAACACCAUCGAUGGUGAAACACACUGUAUGUGAAACUAAUCUUGUUUGCGCAUUUUUAUUUUAUUUGGACAAUUGAUUUAUUUUCUAGCAGGAAGAGGUCAAUCUGAAUAUCCUGUCUUUGAGUAGGGACAGUUAACUUUGGAUUAAAAAGAAAAAAAUCAAACUGAAUGAUAUUCCGUUCAUUGUUCACCAGAGACUUUGUCAUCACUUUCCAGUCUUAGUUGAACCAAGUACCACCACUUUCCUCACUAGAGUUCUUGGGGGAAUGCUAUUUUUCUUUAAACUCUUAUUUCCAGAGUUGUAUUUGAGCAUAACCAUACUCUGGGGGAGAGUCAAUUAAUCCCCCAAUGUAAAGAGCUUGUUCUAAUAGGAAUUGAAACAUUAAAUAUGCAGAAUUUUAACAAACUAAGAGACAGUGUGAUUACAAAUAAAUUCUCUAAGUUGACUUAAAUGCAUGACCUUUCUUUUUUUUUUUAAGUAGCUACUUUAAAGAGACAAUAAUUCAGCUGUCAAAAAAAGUGAUAAUUGUUUCUACUAUUACAAAAGCAAAUUUGGGCAAAUGUUUGUUGGCUUCAUAUCCAUGAAGCAGAAACUAAGAUUAUAACCCAAGACAAAGGAGCAUUAAUAUGCAUCGUUUUAGAAAUUAAAGUCCUCUGAGAUUGUAUUUCCUCCAGAAAUACCUAAGGGCUAAAUUUGUGCAUAUGGCAUUCGUGUGGCCACCUGUAAAUAAGGAGCAGUUUAAACUAUUCGUUUAAAAGUGAAUAAAUAUCCAAUUGCUUCAUAAACGUUGGUCAAUGUAUACAAACAUCAAAAUGGUUACAGAAAUUGAAAUGUAUCUUUUGACUGUCUUGUUUGCAUGAAAAUGGAAACAGUAACGACACUUCCUUUUCAAAAUCAGAUUCUGCGCAAUUCCUCAGUAACCGCCAUGACUCUGUGUCCCAAAUAAGGAAGGCCUAUGAGAUGGUGAAUUCGCUUUUCUAUUUCUGAGGAGCUCGAUGAGAUCUGAUUUUAUUAGACAAUAGCUCCUAUUUUUUAAUUUAUUGCGUUUAGGUACUGUCGAAAUUAAUUCAGAGAUUUACGAAUACACAUUAAUAUAAUUCUGCAUCCAUUUAUGUAAAUGAACGCAAUGUCCCAGAGAAGAUUAAAUUUACAGCAUCUUAUAAAAAGACAAAAAGAAUACACUUGAUUGACAAGCAUAAUUACCUGGGUAGCGAAUUCUCGCGCUACAGUUAGCCGCAGCUGCUACUCUGACGUCACAGGUUGCCAUGGUAGCAGCAGCCCUGAAGGAAAAGGGGUGGAGCUAAACACUCACUGCGGUGCUGCGCUGCGUCUGCAGAGGACAAGGAAGGCUCCUCUGCAGGGCUGACAUCUUCCAAAAUGAGCGGCCUGGAUGAGGGCAAUGAGCUCCCUCUCACUAACACCACGACCCCUGCCCCUGCCCGGGAAGAUCUGGAUCUGAAUCAGGAUCAGGGGCUCUGCGAGGAAACUGACGCAGCAGCGCGGGCGAUGGAGGCUGCAGGUGAGGCCGGUGCGGAGGGAGGCGCGCCCCCGGAUUCCGAGCACUGCGGACCUGCGCUUUGCCCUGCAGUGUCUGAGAAUCAUGGUGCUGAGGCGGCCGGAGAGGGGCUGGAGGAUGCUCUGUCUCCAUCAAAGGGCGGGGAUGGAGCCUCAGCCCCUGCGGCAGUUGAUGACAGCAAUAAAAAUGGCUGUCAGCUUGGAGGGCCGCGCAGCCCUGCUGGGCCGAAAGCUCUGGAAGCCUGUGGUGCCGUGGGCCUGGGGUCUCAGAUGAUGCCGGGGGUGAAGAAGACCAAGGAAAUGAUGGCGACGAAGUGCGCCAUCUCUGCGCCCGCGGGAAAGGAGGGAGAAGCAGGGGCGGCGAUGCCGGAAAAGAAGGGGGUACCGAAAGAAAAAAAGGUAGCUGGAGGAGGGAAGGAGGAGAAUCGUCCUAGGCCCCCGAAGAUCAAUAAUUGCAUGGACUCGCUGGAGGCCAUCGAUCAAGAGCUGUCAAAUGUAAAUGCGCAGGCCGACAGGGCCUUCCUCCAGCUGGAACGCAAAUUCGGGCGGAUGAGAAGGCUGCACAUGCAGCGCCGAAGUUUCAUCAUCCAAAAUAUCCCAGGUUUCUGGGUCACCGCUUUUCGGAACCACCCCCAGCUGUCACCAAUGAUCAGUGGCCAAGAUGAAGACAUGAUGAGAUACAUGAUCAAUUUAGAGGUGGAGGAGCUUAAGCACCCAAGAGCAGGCUGCAAGUUUAAGUUCAUCUUUCAAAGCAACCCCUACUUCCGAAACGAGGGGCUGGUCAAGGAAUAUGAGCGCAGAUCCUCCGGUCGAGUGGUGUCGCUCUCUACUCCAAUCCGCUGGCACCGGGGCCAAGAACCCCAGGCCCAUAUCCACAGGAAUCGUGAGGGGAACACGAUUCCCAGUUUCUUCAAUUGGUUCUCAGACCACAGCCUCCUAGAAUUCGACAGAAUAGCUGAAAUUAUCAAAGGGGAGCUAUGGUCCAAUCCCCUGCAAUACUAUCUGAUGGGCGAUGGGCCACGCAGAGGAGUUCGAGUCCCACCAAGACAGCCAGUGGAGAGUCCCAGGUCCUUCAGGUUCCAGUCUGGCUAAACUCUGCCCUUUCAAGAAGCUCCUGCAGGAGAGUCCUACCAUCUCCUCGGCUUGGCUAGCAGCAUGCAGCCUUCUGUCUGCUUUCUCUUCCUGUUGGAUUGUGUCCUUUGGUUCUUCUAAGUCUCCAGUAGUUUCAAGACUGUGGCUUCCAAGUCUGUGCUCUUCUUUCUCUAGGCCAUCAUGACAUUCUGCAUAGUGUUAAUGGUGUUCCAAGUGCAUGGCCUCCGAACUGCUUCUAUGCCAAGCUCACAGUGCUGUAGUGUGUACUGCCUUCCUUUGCAUGGCUUGGUUCCUGUCUGUGACCAUGUCUUCUUCCAGUUUUGAAAAGUGGUUCUCUACCACAAGAAAGCUUGACACAUCCUUACCAAGAACUAGCCAGGUUUCAUACUGUGUCCCUGAUGUCUAUGUACUGUGAUGAAGUGUGACUUUCACCACUGCAAGAUGGAACUGUAUCCCAACCCAGCCGUCAGCCCAACAGGACAUUCCAACUGAUUCUAGCUGUCUUCUUGGGCCUUUGCUCUUUGCCCUGCUUGUUAUUAGUAUAAAGGCUGGUGGGUGACUACUAGUCAUGAGUGAAGUAACAGUCGAGGAGUGUUUUAUGUUUCCACAUUGGUCUUGUACCUUUGGUUACUGUGCAUCGUGAUCAGCUACUGGUGAGUAUGAAGACCUGUGCAAUUGCCCACCAGUUCUCUUCUGGUUGAGCUUUGCACAGGCCAACACUGUUCCUCAGGAACUAAUGACCUAAGCUCCUAGGCAGCACACAGGAUCACUUACAGUAUGUAGCAUUGCUCACGACUCAGUUGGCUAUUGGGCAGGAUGUGUAGUCACAUGUGGCAGUGCCCAAGGCAAACUGGAGUGGCUCCCUUCUAGCAGUUAGUUUCUUCUGAGCCCUAGCCAAUAAAUUAUUCCGAAUCCAGGCAACUUUGUUAGGUAACCCCCCUCUUCCUUCGUCCACACCCACUCUGAUUAAGUCCAAGCUGCCUAGGUCAGGGUGGUUAGAAAUCAUUUGUGGCACACAGGGUUUGCUGUGUCUUUCUCUCACUGACUCUUCUCUCUUUUUUUUUUCCCUGUUCUUUUCUCUUUGAAGCAGUUACAGCCAGAGACAGAAAAAACUGGCAGCAGGGUUUUUUUUUUCCUCCCUCCCCCAUUGUUCACAGGCAGAAAAAAAAGGUACUGUAGUGUCCAAAUCUCUUGCUGCCCUCACUAUUUCACACUUCUCUUAGCAACAUUUGAAAAUGUCAAGGGAGACAACCUCCACUCUUCCCUCCUAACCCUUUCUACCAUACGCUGUGUAUUUCUUAAGCUCUAGUUUGAGAAUCUGGGAGAAGAGAAAGAACACUUUCAAUGACAGACUGUACCUCCGUGUUGCAGAAUGUGAACGAACCAGCUAUGACUGCACCUGUUUCUAAAGCCGCCUGGUCUUUGGGCCUCAGCCUGUAGAAUGAUCAGAGAGCAGCCAUGUGUGUCAUUCCUGUUCAGUUUGUCCGACCUUGGCCCUUCUUUAUCAGUUUUUGAAUUUCCUUCCUUGUUUCCAUCCUAACAAAGGAGGGAGUGGGCUGUAGAGUGCAUUGUGGGAGACUCCAAGCCUCUUCUGAGGGAUGGGGGAUGUGAGGAGUCUGGGUUUACAGGACAUGCUCCAGUAGGUACACAGCAGUGACAGAGGCUCCUAGUUCUGAGCCUGCAGCUGUCACCCUCAUCCAUUCCCUUUCUGCCUUAAAGGACUUGUCGGAAGCUCCUCCAGGUCUCAGGAGAUCUGGAUACCUUCGUGGAGGCUGGGAAUUUAAGCAGAGGACUAGAGGGAAAGGGAGCAUGUUACAGAGUGAGUUCUAGGCCGGCUGUGAUGACUUGCAGGAGCAGGGUUGGGGGCAGGGUUCCCUGAGGCACAUUCCAGGGCGGAAUGGGGAGAUCAGAUGGGUUGGGAUUUAAAAGGGAUGCUUGGAGGAUUUUCCUAUAGCUUUUCCUAAUUCUCAACUGCACCAAUAGAUCUUUUAAAAACAGAUGUAAGUCUGGGUGGUUUUUCCCUUCAGAUUCCAGGAGUGACCUUUGUCUGUGGGAGAUCAAUGGUGUGCACUCCUUAUCCCAUUAUGCUUGACCAAACCCUAUUACUCCCUGUCAGCUGACUGGCAGAAUUGAUGUUUACAAGCCUGCCUUUUGCUUAUAAUUGAAACAAGUGCAAACAUUUGAAUUUCUGUCCUUUGCAGUAUGAAGAUUCCUGUGAAUAUUCAUUACUAGAUUAACUUAUUCUGGUGUCUGUCCAUCUAUAGCUGUAUUCUUAGAAACACAAUCCGCACAAUGUGAUCUUUGACGUCUGAAGAUUUUGAAAACUGUUGCUGUGUCUUGUAAAAGUGAUUUCAAAAGGAAAAAUGUAACUUGUCCUACUGGUAUUUCUUGCUGUAGUAAUACUUGACAUUAUGUUCUUAACCAGUGUGGGGACUAGAAUUGCUAUCACAGUAAAUGAGAAUCUUAGUCCUUUGUCUUUUCCUGUGUGCUUGAAGGAAAACUAUGUUACUGUUAUGUUUCUUGUCUUCACCAAAAAGAAAUAAAUGAAUAAAGAUGAAUAAAAGGCUCUGUGCUGUCUGGGCUAAUACA